AUGGGUCGCUUGCUUCUGUUACUCUUAUGUUUCACUGAGUGGGCAUCUGCCGUUACUGUCUACUUUUCUGUCCAUCUAACUUGGGCCAACUACACUGUUGCAGGGGUGAGGCGGGAAAUCAUCCUUACCAAUGGACAAUACCCUGGUCCUGGGCUGCGAUUGAACCAAGGCGAUGAUGUCACCUUUGAUGUCUAUAAUAGCUGUCCAUUCAACGUGACCGUACACUUCCACGGUAGGGAUGACGUUCUCGGCCCUUGUUCAACGAAUACUAAGAUAGGAGGGUUGCUAGGCAUUGAACAGAUCGGCACGCCGUGGUCAGAUGGGGUUCCCGGAAUGUCGCAGAGAGUAAUUCAAGCAAACCGUGCAUUCCGUUACCGCUGGACCGCCAAGCAGUACGGUGCUUACUUCUAUCACGCUCACCACCGUGGCCAAUUUGAAGAUGGUCUUUACGGGCCAAUCUACAUCACCCCAUCGAGUUCUGAGGCACGGCCAUUCAGUCUGAUUACCAGCAAUAAUACUCAAAUCCAGGCUAUGCUCACUGCCGAAAAGAAUACAUCCCCACUGUUAAUCUCAGAUUGGCGUCUUCUGACAUCGGAACAGAUUUGGAGUGUCGAGGAGGCCUCUGGCGUUGACUCAUAUUGUGCAAAUGCUUUACUGAUAAACGGCAAAGGUUCAGUGACAUGCUUCUCACAAGACGAGAUCAAUAGCUUGACAACGCCUAAUCAAAAGGCGGCCCUGGGGAAUGAAUCUCUUACGGAUAUAGCAUGCUUCCCUCCGAACUUCACAGCUGCCCAAGGCGACUUCUCUCAUAACUAUAGUGCGCUCUUGCCGACAAUGUUUUCUGGCUGCACACCCUCUCGAGGGCCCCAACAAAUCAUAAAUGUGGACCCGAAUGCCCAAUAUGUUAGUUUGGACCUGACUAGCGCUGCUGGCCUACUGCAUCUUAUAUUCUCCAUCGAUGAACAUGAUAUGUGGGUAUACGCCAUUGAUGGACGCUACGUCGAGCCCGUGCAAGUGAACGCCAUCAACAUUCCCAACGCAAACAGGUACUCUGUCCUAGUUCCUCUGAACCAGACUGCGGGAAAUUAUACAAUCCGUAUGGUCAGCGGCAGCCCACAGCAGAUCCUCAACACGACAGCGGUUCUGCACUACCGAGCUCGGAACCAGCUCAACAGAGCCUCCAACCCCUGGAUCACCCUCACAGGCGGCAAUGCCACGGCGAAUACUAUAUUCCUCAAUGACUCACAAGCCGUACCCUACCCAGCUAUAGCGCCAGCCCCAAACGUCGAUGCUACUUACUUCCUUACAAUCGGUCGCUACGGCGCCUCGUACCGGUGGACACUAGGCAACAGCAGCUUCGACCUUGAGCUCGAAGAGUCGCAACCACUGCUCUUCAAUGAAACCGCGAUACCUAGCGACCUGCUCAUUCGCACAAACAACAACACCUGGGUAGACCUGGUAAUCCAAGUCGACCAGCCCGUGCAACCCGCACACCCGAUUCACAAACAUUCAAACAAGCAUUUCGUCGUUGGCCAGGGCUCGGGAACAUUUAGCUGGUCUUCUGUCGCAGAGGCGGUGCAGUCUAUCCCCGGCUCAUUCAAUCUGAUCAAUCCGCCGAUCAAAGAUACGACGCCCACUCCAGUUGCUGUUUUUGGUCCGACAUGGUUGGUCAUUCGGUAUCAGGUUGUGAAUCCUGGUGCAUUCCUGAUGCAUUGUCAUAUCCAGGUUCAUCAGAGCGGGGGGAUGGCAUUGGCAAUUCUAGAUGGUGUUGAUGAAUGGCCGAAUGUGCCGUCGAACUAUCUCAAUGAUUCGGGAUUUUGA